CUACCGAUGCGUCGCUGAUGUGGUAUGGUGAAAUUGUGGAUUACAAAUUUAAGGGAGUAAACCAAGACGGAUGUGCUACCGAUGCGUCGCUGAUGUGGUACGGUGAAAUUGUGGAUUACAAAUUUAAGGGAGUGAACCAAGACGGAUGUGGUCAUUUCACGCAGUUAGUGUGGAAAGAUACGAAAGUUGCCGGUUUUGGGGUUGCAACAACAGCCGAUGGGCACAGCGUGUUCGUUGUGGGCCAGUAUUAUCCCCCAGGCAACGUUAUGAGCUAUUUUGGCAGUCAGGUCCCCUACCCCCUAAACGGGUUGACCGUCGUGCCUACAGCGAAAGCACUGAUGCGUAAGUCUAUUUAUCAUACCGGAAGCUCAUCCUUAUUUGAAUUAAAUAAAUAA